CGGGAUUGCGGUUUGUUUGUUCAUUGCAUAUGGUAGUUAAAGGAAGUAGUAUUCUCAUCGUUUGAAUAUUAAAUUACUUUUCAAAAACGUAUACUUCAAUUUCGGUUGAGCUUCGUAACCAAAUUUGUGCGUAUUGUUUAUUGUUUCAUGACCUGGAUUGAAUUGCAAAUAUUUACAUGUGCCUAAUAAUUAUUAAUAAGGGGGAAAAUCUAUCAACCAGUCAUCAGUUCAGAUAUACAUACUAAAAUGCCGAUGAAGAUAUCCUCAGGAUUGUUACCGGCCACAUUCGUUCUACUAUUUUUGCCUAUUAUUACAUCGGGAUAUGAAAUUACAAUUUUGCAUACGAACGAUGUGCACGCUAGAUUUGAACAAUUUAAUAAAUACGGAUCAAAAUGUUCCAAAGGAGAUGUUAAGGACGGUAAAUGCUUUGGAGGAGUAGCUAGGAGACACACGAAAAUCCAAGAAAUUCGAAGUAGUCAUGAUAACGUGCUACUAUUGGAUGCUGGAGACCAGUUUAUGGGGACAACUUGGUUUACCGUUCAUCGUGGCAUGGCGGCGGCUUAUUUCAUGAAACAGCUAGGAUACGAUGCAAUGUGUUUGGGGAACCACGAGUUUGAUAUUGGUGUGGAUGGGCUUGAAAAAUUUCUCGACAAUGUCACGUUUCCGGUCAUUAGUGCAAACACUGACGUAACGAAUGAACCACGUUAAAGGGAAAUUUCUGAAGUCUUGGAACACGACUAUUGGUGGGGAAAAGAUUGGCAUUGUGGGUAUAUUACGCCGGAAACUGUUCAGAUUUCAAGCGGAGGUCCAACAGUUAGUUUUACUGACGUAGUGACUGCAGUUCGAGAGGAAGUGUCUCGGCUACAAAAUCGAGGGAUUAAUAAAAUCAUAGCUCUCGGACACGCCGGGUUUAGUAUGGACAAAAAGGUGGCCGCCAUUGAUGGAAUAGACCUUGCAGUCGGUGGCCAUACAAAUACGUUCCUGUACAACGGCGAGAAACCAGCAGGCGAGGAGAUAGAAGGACCUUACCCUGUUGUUGUUCACCAGCCUGGAGGAGGUAAAGGACUUGUGGUUCAAGCCUACACUAUGGGGAAAUACCUCGGCUACCUGAAACUUACAUUUGACUCCGAUGGCGUUGUAAAGAACUUUUCAGGAAACCCAAUCCUCUUGGAUAACACAGUAAUAGAAGAUACGCAGAUUUUGCGGUAUGUUGAUGAAUGGAAGAAGCCUGUAGAUGCUCUGAGUGCACAUGUUGUCGGCUACUCUAAUGUUCUUUUAGAUGGAGAAAGGUCAUCGUGUAGACUAAAAGAAUGCAGCCUAGGUAAUCUAGUAACAGAUGCUAUAAUUUACUACCACAUUAAUUACUCCCAUCCAGAAUCAAACUGGGCACCGGCAGCUAUAGCCAUUUGGAACGGCGGCGGUAUACGAUCAUCCAUUGACAAAGGUGUUGUUGUCGCGGGGGAAGUGCACAGUGUACUACCGUUUGGAAAUGAGGUAGACCUUUUGACAGUUUCUGGUAAAAACCUUCGAGAACAGUUAGAAAUUUCAGUCUCGAAAUACGAUAGUACGGAACCGCCCGGUGGCUUUCUUCAAAUGUCAGGGCUCCGAGUUGUGUACAAUCUACAGAAGCCGGUCGGACAACGAGUCGUCUCGGUAGAAGCCAGAUGUCUGCAGUGUGAUAUACCAAAAUUCCACCCUUUGAAGGACAGCGAUGAUUAUAAAAUUUUUACUUCAACGUUUUUGGUCAAUGGCGGGGAAUGGUAUAAAUUUGAACCAUCGGGACGACAGCGUUUCAAUACUUUGGAUGUGACAACCCUGACAGAGUACUUCAAGAAACACAGUCCCGUAUUUGCACAGGUUGAGGGGAGGAUUCGCUUUCAUACAGACACCAUAACUUCAGCUGGUUCUUUACCUAUGUCUACAAUGUUCUUUUUGACUUCAGUUCUUUUGUUUCCCUUCAUCUAGCACCAAAAAAUAUGUCCAGAAAUUGUUUAUAAGCGUGCACACUAACUAUCCAUUUAACCAUUUCAUUAUAUAAAAGAAAUAUAUGAGCCGUGCCAUGGGAAAACCAACAUAGUGGCU